GCCACGUUGUCUCGCGCGCCCCGAGCGCCCGGCUCCGCGAGCCGGCCCCGCGGCGCCCCCUUCGCGGCCCCCUCGCGGAGCCGCCGGGCCGGGUGGGGCCGCCGCGUCCCCGCGAUCGCUCGGCCGGGAGCUGCGGCGCCGGGAACGGCCCGGCCUGUGCGAGGGGCCCGCGCGCGGGCGCGCCUGAGAGCGGGGCCCGGGAGGCGCCGCCCUCCGUCCGCCCGGCUCGCCGCCCCGCGCCGCCCCGAGGCGGCGGAGCGGCGGGCGCGCGGUCGAGUCGGGCUGCGCGCAGGGCCGGGCGCCGGGGCCCAUGCUCGUGCGCCCCCGCGGGCCCGCGCCAUGGCCUCCGGGAGCGUGGCCGAGUGCCUGCAGCAGGAGACCACCUGCCCCGUGUGCCUGCAGUACUUCGCCGAGCCCAUGAUGCUCGACUGCGGCCACAACAUCUGUUGCGCCUGCCUCGCGCGCUGCUGGGGUGCGGCCGAGACCAACGUGUCGUGCCCGCAGUGCCGGGAGACCUUCCCGCAGCGGCACAUGCGGCCCAACCGGCACCUGGCCAACGUGACCCAGCUGGUGAAGCAGCUGCGCACCGAGCGGCCGUCGGGCCCGGGGGGCGAGAUGGGCGUGUGCGAGAAGCACCGCGAGCCCCUGAAGCUGUACUGCGAGGAGGACCAGAUGCCCAUCUGCGUGGUGUGCGACCGCUCGCGCGAGCACCGCGGCCACAGCGUGCUGCCGCUCGAGGAGGCGGUGGAGGGCUUCAAGGAGCAAAUCCAGAACCAGCUGGACCACCUGAAAAGAGUGAAAGACUUAAAGAAGAGGCGUCGGGCACAAGGGGAGCAGGCAAGAGCUGAACUCCUGAGCCUGACGCAGAUGGAGCGGGAGAAGAUCGUUUGGGAGUUCGAGCAGCUCUACCACUCCUUGAAGGAGCAUGAGUAUCGGCUCCUGGCACGCCUGGAAGAGCUGGACCUGGCCAUCUACAACAGCAUCAAUGGUGCCAUCACCCAGUUCUCCUGCAACAUCUCCCACCUCAGCAGCCUCAUUGCCCAGCUGGAGGAGAAGCAGCAGCAGCCCACCAGGGAGCUCCUGCAGGACAUCGGGGACACACUGAGCAGAGCUGAAAGGAUUAGGAUCCCUGAACCUUGGAUCACACCUCCAGAUCUGCAAGAAAAAAUCCACAUUUUUGCCCAAAAAUGCCUGUUCUUGACUGAGAGUCUGAAGCAGUUCACAGAAAAAAUGCAGUCGGAUAUGGAGAAAAUCCAAGAAUUGAGAGAGGCUCAAUUAUACUCAGUGGACGUGACCCUGGACCCAGACACGGCCUACCCCAGCCUGAUCCUCUCCGACAACCUGCGGCAAGUUCGCUACAGUUACCUCCAGCAGGACCUGCCCGACAACCCCGAGCGCUUCAACCUGUUCCCCUGUGUCCUGGGCUCUCCAUGCUUCAUCGCUGGGAGACACUACUGGGAGGUGGAGGUGGGAGAUAAGGCCAAGUGGACCAUAGGCGUCUGCGAAGACUCGGUGUGCAGAAAAGGUGGAGUAACUUCGGCCCCCCAGAAUGGAUUCUGGGCAGUGUCCCUGUGGUAUGGGAAGGAAUACUGGGCGCUGACCUCCCCAAUGACAGCCCUCCCCCUGCGGACCCCUCUCCAGCGGGUGGGGAUUUUCUUGGACUAUGAUGCGGGCGAGGUCUCCUUCUACAACGUGACAGAGCGGUGUCACACCUUUACCUUCUCUCACGCCACCUUCUGUGGGCCUGUCCGGCCCUACUUCAGUCUGAGUUACUCGGGCGGGAAGAGCGCGGCUCCGCUGAUCAUCUGUCCCAUGAGCGGGAUUGAUGGUUUCUCCGGCCAUGUUGGGAAUCAUGGUCAUUCCAUGGAGACCUCCCCUUGAGGAGGUGAACUCGGGCCAAAGGGGCUAUUGGCCAUAAUCCCACCCCAGGCAGAAGGCAUCCUGUUGCCUCGCUGCUUCCUGUCCGUCACAGCCGGAUGUCCCUGCCACCGUCCGUGCCCUUGCGGUGGGGACAGGAAGUCCAUGUCCGCUACCAUCCUCUCCCUUCCCAUGCAAAUUGUGAGAUGUAAUGAAAAGUAUCAAGAUGCCCAGAAAUAAAAAAAAAAAAACAACCCACAGCUGCCCACCUCCAGUGUUUCCCACUUUUUGGUCAUACAUUCCUGGAGAGGAUAGAGAAUAUGGACGACCUUUGGAUUUGGAGAGCCGCACAAGACGCUCACGCAUUGGCUCGGCCUGGCUUCCUCUGGUUAACCCCCAUGAUGAUCCUGGAUACUCAACAUUUCUGGACUAGGGUUCCUUUUUCAGAACCAAGAGAGGAGCUGCAAGGUCCCGUCAGCAUGGCUCCCUCUAUCCCAGAUUUUCCUUCUGGGAAAAGUACCUCUAUCCUGAUUCCUAAUCUGCUGUAGUUUUAUUAAUUCCAUGAAAGAGGCCUCUGUAUGUGUUGAUUAGUUACAGUUAUUUGACAAUAAUGGCGGGAAGUGACCUCAUCUUGGUUAUGAGAUAAUGUUCUAAUCAAUGUGCUCUUUGCCUCUGUAUCUUUCCCGAGGGCUCUGUCUGCUCACUUCACUCUCAUGAAAGGUGUGUCCAGGUGCUGGAUGCAGGUCACCCAAGAUCACUUCUUCCUAACACUGUCCAUUGUUCCUCGAUCCUCUCCCACUCAUAUCUGUGGACUGACGGUCAGUCAUGCACCAUCCCUGGAAGGGUUUUGGGGCAGCAUUCCAGGGAUUCAUUGACUUUUUUGCCUCCUUUUCUCCAUCUCCUUGGGGGGAUGGAGGAACUGACCUUCUUAACACGUGCAGCACCCAGCAGCGGCACCAUCCCGUGGCCUGUGGGUCCCCAGGCAUUCUGGCGCAGAAGACUAAGGCAGGUCACGUUGAGCAAGCCCCCAUGAUGGUUUUCCGUCCUACUUCUCUUUGGGUACAUGCCCCUCUGUUUGAAAAUAAAGUGAGUAUGGAUGUUGUUUACCUGGCUGUUGCUUUCUUGCUCUUGCUAUGAUCGGCUGUUGGGGUCACAGAUGGGGGCAUGGAGUUGGAGAUGGGUCAGUCGUGUUCAUUUCCCUGUUGGAUCCAGACCCUGCUCUGUCCAGCAUUUUACUUUCAAGUAAGCAGUAAAACUUUCUCAGUAUCAUGCCCCUACUUCUAAUGGUGCUGAGAACACGUUAAAUUUCUACAGCCUAUAGUUCUGUCUUGGCUAAUCCUGUAAUUCUCUAAGAGUGUUCUCUCAAGUCCUUUUUAUAACUGGCAGUAGGGAAAUGCUCCAAUGGCUGGCAUAGUUUGGAGGGCCCAGAACUUGCUUCCCAACCCAGGCUCACCAACCUGAGCUUUUGGGGUACUAAGGUCACCAUGUGCUGAAGAGGAAAUAUCAGCCUGAGAGAACAUUUCCCUUCCUGGAGAUUUGGAUUUUUCUCUGCUUCUGGACAUUCUGCAGAAUCCUGUCCACAGAAUAUAGGGUCCGGGGGUCUGUACUUAGUCCUGUUAAUAGGGGUUCAAUGGCUGAAGAUCAUAAAUUGGUAAUGUCAUGUCCUAAUUCAUUCAUUUAUUCACCAGAUUCAAGGGGAAUACAACUGGGCCAAUAGAGGGGAUUCAGUGCAGCUAGAUUAGCUUUGCUGAAUAUUCUUAGAUGUAAAUAUAUAACAUGCAUAUUAAGCAUACAUGUAAAAUAUUACUAACAGACAUAUACCAGUGUUUGAUGCACAGUGAUUUGUUAAAGCUCAUAACACCCCUAUAGAAUGAGAAUUAUUGCCCUUGUUUCACAGAUGAAAAAAACUCAAGUACAUAGAGGGUACAUGACUUGUGCCAGGUGCAUGGCUAGAAACCUGCAUGGCACGUGACCACGUGCUGAUGAUGACCACAUGUAUCCUGCUCACGAUACACAUAGGUUAUGCUUUUCUGCUUGGGAAAGCAGAGCAGAGACUGGGAGUCUUGCAGUCAGGUCCAUUGAGCUGGGAUACCUUUAAUAGUUCGUUUACUCAAGCGUCAACAACUGGGAAGCUGGGUGAAGGCACCCAGUCAAAAUCACAUUUCAUUUUCACUUAGUUUGGUCCUUCACAGCAGAGAGUAAUAAGGACCCAAGGAUACGGAAGCUUGCUUGCUGAAGGAAAUGUGCCUCUGGAAUGGCCUCCUGGACCUCACUGCGGAAGUACUGGGCUGAGAGGGUCUCACACUG